AUUCUUCCAACGAGUUGCCCAAUUCUUCCAACGAGUUGCCCAAUUCUACCAACGAGUUGCCCAAUUCUACCAAAGAGUCGCCCAAUUCUACCAAAGAGAUGCCCAAUUCUACCAACGAGUUGCCCAAUUCUACCAACAAGUUGCCCAAUUCUUCCAACGAGUUGCCCAAUUCUACUAACGAGUUGCCCAAUUCUACUAACGAGUUGCCCAAUUCUACUAACGAGUUGCCCAAUUCUACCAACGAGUUGCCCAAUUCUUCCAACGAGUUGCCCAAUUCUUCCAACGAGUUGCCCAAUUCUACCAAUGAGAUGCCCAAUUCUACCA